AUGACUUUCGAUCCACACAACGUCGACCUAACAACCGCCGACCCAGCGCAGGUAGUCUGCUACCUGGACAGCGAUGGCAACGACUACAAUGGCCAACUAGGCGCCCGAAUCUCCGCCAUCUUCGUCAUCGGGAUCGUCUCAUCGAUUGCAACCUUCUUCCCAGUGAUCGCCAAGCGGGCACCACACGUCCGUAUCCCACUCUAUGUCUACCUCUUCGCGAAAUACUUCGGCGCGGGCGUCAUCAUCGCCACAGCCUUCAUCCACCUCCUUGACCCUGCCUACAGCGAGAUCGGCGGCGACUCCUGCGUUGGCCGAACCGGACAUUGGGCCGAUUACUCCUGGUGCCCAGCCAUCGUGCUCACCUCACUCAUGAUCAUCUUCCUAAUGGACUUCGGCGCCGAGCGAUAUGUGGAAAAAAAGUACGGCAUUUGCCGCGAUGAUCCAGAAGCGAUAAUGGCCUCCGGUGUCGAGGUGCAGCGCCUCAACUCUGCACAAUCGAGCCACACGCACCAUUCUACGAAUAAGCAGGCGAAAGACAUUGAGAGCCAGAGCCAGACAUCGGAUGAUCUGAUGAUCGAGCGCAGCUUCAGACAACAAAUAGCAGCCUUCCUGAUCCUCGAAUUCGGCGUCAUCUUCCACUCCGUGAUCAUCGGCCUGAACCUCGGCGUCGCAGGCGAAGAGUUCGCAACGCUCUACCCAGUCCUCGUGUUCCACCAAUCUUUCGAAGGACUCGGUAUCGGCGCGCGAAUGAGUUCCAUCCCUUUCAAGAAGGGGAGCUGGUUGCCCUGGUUCCUUUGUUCGGCGUACGGUCUGACGACGCCCAUCGCUAUUGCGAUCGGACUUGGUGUGCGCACGACGUACAACCCGGCCUCGUUUACGGCGAAUGUUGUUUCGGGAGUGCUGGAUUCGAUCUCUGCGGGAAUUUUGAUUUAUACGGGUCUUGUGGAGCUGCUGGCUAGGGAUUUCUUGUUUGAUCCUCAUCGCACGAGGGAUGAUAAGAGGUUGACUUUCAUGGUGGUUUCGCUGUUGCUCGGGACGGGCAUUAUGGCCCUGCUCGGGAAGUGGGCGUAA